AUGUCGACCAUCCUUCGCACGCUACGCAAUCUGAAGCGCAUUGGCUUCAAGGAAUAUGGCCACCAAAUGCAGUACAUUGGUGAUACCAAAGCCGGUACCUUGAUUGGGGUGGACCGCUACGGCAACAAGUUUUUCGAGAACGUCGAGGAGGAGCUUCCUCUCCGGACGCGCUGGGUUGACUACAAGGACCAUGAAUACGACCCUUCGCACAUCGAGCCCGGCUGGCACGCCUGGAUCUCCUACAUGGUGGAUGCUCCCCCCACCGCCGACAAGCUCAUGCAGACUGGCAUCCGCCGCUGGGAGUUGCCUGAGCACCGCCCCAACUUGACCCAGAGCCGUGCUGCUUUCAAGACCUACUCCACGACCCGUCCCAAGUACUCUGCCUGGACUCCCGUUGCGGCUCCCCGGUAAAUUCACCGUAGUGCUGGUAGAAUGUUGGCCUACGAGGACGGUAUGGCUUGAAUCAGACCAUGUUCGAAGUUGUGUAAAUAAAGAUGCCCUACUUUUCGUUUUGAACCAUCAAACCUGUUCCCAAUCAGUAUCCCCAUUUACCUGCCAUUUCUAUACAGUAGCCCAUUGUCUAAUUAUUCACACGAGGAUAUCGCCAAGGUAUCGCAUCAACCAAAUGCCAAAUGCCAAAUGCCACAAAAUCGCUCUUGCGACGAGAUUAAAUACAAGAAUCAGAGCACGUAUAUACCAGAGCCGAUGUUCGACCAGUGCCGGAUUGGUCGCCGGUCCUCGAGCUCGAUACACCACCACAGCACCUCCUUCAGUUUCUGGAUCUGGC